AUGGCGUGGUCCUUUGCGCUUCCGCAGGCGGUCUUCGCAUCCCCGUUCACCUCCACUCUUACCCCCAUCGUCACGGGCUCUCUCGUCGGAUAUCUUGUUAACCGAGGAGGAACUAAAACCAGAUACGCGAAUCUGCAACAACCCCCCUUUGCGCCGCCGGCGUGGCUGUUCGCUCCGGCUUGGACGAUCCUCUACGGACUAAUGGGAUAUGCUGCCCACCACGCCACCAUAAACAGUGCAGAGCCGUAUCUCUCCAGAGGCCAGACACUCUACACAACGCAGCUGGUUUUGAACCACCUGUGGAUGCCGUUGUUCUUCGGGAUUCGCAAACCGGACUGGGCAGCAGCCGAUAUCCUUCUUCUCGGCGCGAACGUCGGCACUCUACUACAGAACUGGUGGUCUAGUGAUCGGACUGCGUUUUGGUUGCUUGUGCCGUAUGCUGCGUGGCUGGGCUAUGCCACGUAUCUGAAUAUCGGUGUUGGGGUGCUGAAUCGGUGGCGCGUGGGGGAAUAA